GGCGGAUGAAGAGUGCCCUUCCAAAUGUGGUAUGAUGCAUGCGAUGACAGAGUGCAAGUGGUCAAUGACAACCCUAGCUUCGGCAUCCUCGGCCGCAUCCCAUCUCGACCGAGGCUCACGUGAAAGACGCGAAACACAAGCGUGGAAAGGAGCGCGGGGAAGCAACUAAUACUACGGAGGCGUUCCGGGAUGAUGUGGGGAUAAAGACUCCACUAGGCCGUCCCUGCGUGGCGUCACACAAAGUGCCUGCAUUCUGCCGCUUUCUGAUGCUGCACGUCGAUUAAUCAGCAAAACCAAGUCACAGACAAUUACCAUGUCUCUUCCCACCGAACCGGUCCCGCCCAAGGCAACACCUCUACCUCCUUUACCCAAGGAAGACCCAUUGACGCCGGCACAAUGGAAGACACUACUUGCCAUCACCGACGCGUGCAUCCCGGCAGUCAAGCCGAUCUCUGUUGCAAACACCAGAACGGAAAUCGCAGCCACCGACACAGAUUACUCGACGGCCCUAUCUACAUUACGAGAACUCACACCCGAAUCUGACCCCGAUGCCACAGUCGCAGCAAAAGAAUACCUCGAGGACUAUGCGUCAUCGAACCCAGCUUUCAAGCAAGAGCUUCAGCGCAUCUUCGCUUUAUACAUGCCGUCAUCAACUCGAAAAGAGCUAAUCAUGGUCCUCAACGUACUGAACACACGUGCCGGCUCCUUCGCUUUGACAGGAUACUUCACACCCAUCAGCGAGCAACCGGUGCACAUCCGCGAAGCCAUCCUACGAAGUUGGGGCAGUGCACGACUAGGAACAAUCCGUGGCCUCCACCGUUCCCUGACUGUGCUUUCGAAGCAGACGUGGAUCAAGAUCACGCCUACCCUGCGCCGUGUCCUAGGAGUUCCGCGCGUACCAACAGGCAUGAUACCCGGCAAAGGUUAUGACUACGAAUUCAUCCAGUUUCCACCAGGAGAUAAGCCUGAAGUCAUCGAAACGGACGUGGUCGUUAUCGGCAGCGGCUGUGGCGGUGCUGUCUGCGCAAAGAACCUUGCUGAGGCUGGCAACCGCGUUCUUGUCGUGGAGAAAGCGUACCACUGGACGCCCGACCACUUCCCCAUGAGCGAAGCAGAUGGGUGGAAUCAUCUCUUCAUGAAUGGCGCGUUUAUCAGUUCUGAUGAUACGAGUACGUCCAUUGUUGCUGGGCAAGCGUGGGGCGGUGGCGGGACGGUAAAUUGGAGCGCGAGUCUGCAGACGCAAGGGUAUGUGAGGAGGGAGUGGAUGGAGAGGGGACUGCCGUUCUUCACGAGUGCGGAGUUUCAGGAGAGUCUGGAUCGGGUGUGUGGGAGGAUGGGUGUUAGUGCCGAAUACCUCGAGCAGAAUCGCACCAAUGCGAUGUUAUUAGAGGGCGCGAGGAAGCUAGGGUACAAUCACAAGGCGGUACCGCAGAAUACUGGGGGCGCACAACAUCGCUGUGGGCACUGCACUUUUGGCUGUGGAUCCUGCGAGAAGCAAGGUCCCGUCAAUUCGUACCUCCCAGACGCAGCACGAGCAGGCGCAAAGUUCAUCGAAGGUUUCCACGCCGAGAGAGUCGUCUUCAAAACCAUCGGCGGGAAGAAGGUCGCAACAGGGGUAAUUGGCUCCUGGGUCUCGCGCGACAUCAACGGCGGCGUUGCCGGCGAACCCACCACGCGCCGCAAGGUCAUCAUCAAAGCCAAGCGCGUCAUCGCCUCAGCUGGCACAAUGCAAAGCCCACUGCUGCUGCUCCGCUCUGGUCUGAAGAACCCCCAAAUUGGACGCAACCUCUACGUGCACCCCGUGACCCUGCUCGGUGCCAUCCAUCAAGAAGAGAUCAAGCCCUGGGAAGGCGCAAUCCUGACCUCCGUCGUUGGCGAAUACGAAAACCUGGACGGCCGAGGCCACGGCGCAAAACUCGAGGCCACCAACAUGAUCCCCUCAAGCUGGCUAAUUUGGCUCGACUGGAAAGGCGGGUUACAAUACAAGCUCGAUGCGGCCCGCAUGAAGCACAUGGCGGGCUAUAUUUCGAUCUGCAAAGACCGCGAUACUGGGAGAGUGUAUCCGGAUCCGGUUGAUGGGAGGGUCAGGUUUAGUUAUACGCCGAGCAAGUUCGACAAGAAGCAUAUCAUGCAAGGACUGCUGGCGUUGGCGAAGAUACAGUAUGUUAACGGUGCCAGCGAAAUCUUUACUGCAAUCCCUGGCGUGUCGGUUUUCAAACGGGAUUCUGGGUUGCCGGCGACUGGGGAUGGGAUCAACGAUGAAAGAUUCCAGGCGUGGCUUGAUGAGGUCCAGACUACGGGGUUCCCGAGACCGGAGAGUUUGUUUAUAUCGGCGCAUCAGAUGGGGACGUGUCGAAUGAGUAAGGUGGAGAAGGAGGGUGUUGUUGAUCCAACGGGUAAGGUGUGGGGGACAGAGGGGCUGUAUGUUGCUGAUGCUAGUGUGUUCCCGAGUGCGAGCGGUGUGAACCCCAUGGUGACGAACAUGGCGAUUUCAGAUUGGAUCUCAAGGGGCGUUGCAGAUGGGCUGGUGUCAAGAGCUCUGCUCUGAAGGGAGCACGUUGGUGUCAUGUCCCAGUAUGUAGUGAUGUUGUACGUCUACUUCGGCUAUCAAAGGCAUUAU